AUUGAGCGUAAUCGGGUACAGGAUUUGUCGAAGUCGUAGUUAACUCCGACAAACAGCGGCUGGCAAUGGCCGAGGCUGCUUUCUGGGGCCGAAGAUAACUUGCGCGCGUUGGACAGUUUCCUGGGGACAUUUUCUGCCAACAUACUUUAUUCUUCAAGAUAAUAUCGCAAACUCGUUCAAAGGCUUUUAACCUUUUUUACUCACAGCCAUCAUCACAUUGUUACAGGAUACCGUCAUGGUUGGCCAACUCAACGGCUCCGCGCCAGCAAAGCUGGACCCAACCCUGGACUUCGAUGUCCUGAUCAUUGGGGCAGGACAAAGUGGAAUGUAUUCGCUUCAUCGCAUGCGCCAAAUAGGACUCAAAGCACGCGUCCUUGAGGCUGGGUCUGGAGAGGGCGGGACCUGGUUUUGGAACCGUUACCCUGGCGCACGCUUUGAUUCCGAAUCAUACUCCUAUAUCUUCUCAUUUUCACAGGAGCUUCUUGACGAAUGGAACUGGUCAGAGCAUUUUGCCGGGCAAGAUGAGACUCUGAGAUACUGCCAGUACUUCGCUAAGAAGUUCGACUUGAAGAAGGACAUGCAGUUCAAUACUCGAGUCGCAUCAGCAAAAUACCAGCAAAGCACAAAUUCAUGGCUUUUGACCGACACAGACGGCCAAACCUACACAUCACGAUUCAUCAUCACCGCUAUGGGCAUCCUAAACCAACCUACACUGCCAAAUAUUCCUGGAGUCAAUGAUUUCAAGGGUUCUGCCUUCCACACUGCUCGGUGGCCAUCCGAUGCAUCUGCUGUAAACGGAAAGAGGGUUGGAAUCAUCGGAACCGGAGCCACGGCAAUCCAAACAAUACAGGAGUUGAAGAAGACGGUUGGAUCACUUACCGUCUUCCAACGAACUCCAAACUGGACAGCUCCUCUGCGGAAUACAAAGAUCUCUCCGGAGGACAUGGAAGGAAUCAGGAAGCGAUACCCCACCAUCUUCCAGGACUGCCUUGAUUCUUACGCUUGCUUUAUUCACAAGAGCGACUCAAGAUCGGUGUUUGACGUAUCCGAAGAGGAGCGAGAAAAACGGUGGGAAGACCUCUACUCCCAAGCUGGAUUCUCGAAGUGGCUCUCGAAUUUCUAUGACAUUGGAACCAACCGCGCUGCAAAUGAGCUAUUCUCCAAGUUUGUGGCAGACAAGAUCCGUCAACGAGUCAAUGACCCAAUCACAGCCGAGAAACUCAUCCCUAAGAACCAUGGCUUUGGAACAAGAAGAGUGCCCUUGGAGGGUGGGUAUUACGAGGCGUUCAACCAGGACAACGUUGAGCUUGUUGACAUCAACGUGAACCCAAUUGAGAAGAUCCAUGAGAAGGGCAUCAAGACAAAAGACAAGGACUACGAAUUUGACGUUAUUGUCUACGCGACCGGGUUUGAUGCAGUGACUGGAUCAUUCAACGCUGUUGAUAUUCGUGGUAUUGACGGUGUACCACUAAAGAACACAUGGGAUGGUGGUAUCAAGACCUAUCUUGGCUUGACCGUCCAAGGAUUCCCCAAUAUGUUCAUGAUCAUGGGGCCUCACCAGAUGUUUGGCAACAUUCCUCGGUCAAUAGAAUAUGCUGUUGGCUGGGUAGCAGACUUCAUUGAGUAUGCAGUGAACAACAACAUCGUCACCGCCGAGGCAACCGAAAAGGGGGUGCAAGAAUGGACUGAACACGUGCACGAAUGCGCGAAAGGAUUGCUUGCGAACGAGGUCGACAGUUGGAUGACGGGUGUCAACAAGAAUGUCGAAGGAAAGCAGACUAGGUCUAUUGCGCGGUACAACGGACCCGCUCCGGGCUAUAGGAAACGUUGUGACGACGUCAAGGCGCACGAUUAUGAGACGCUAAGAUUAGUUAAGGGCACUUAG